UCCAACAUGGCUGCGCCCGCAAACAGCAGAGAUGCUGCAGGUCAUUCAGCAAGCGUUUCAACUGCGGAAAAUGUUCCACUACAGUAUAGUCUUCUUUUGGAUCACCUUAUCGGUGAAAAAAGGCAAAUUAAAGACUUGAAUCCGACCGUUAUGGGUGUAUUACCGAAUCCUCAGAAAACGGAGGAGCAGAAGAUGAUCGAGAGGGGAAUGGAGAGCUGCGCCUUUAAAACACUGAUCGCAUGUGUCGGAGGGUUUGUGUUAGGAGGUGCUUUUGGGAUCUUCACAGCUGGUAUUGACUCCAAUGUAGGGCUUGAUCCUAAAGACCCUCUCAGAACCCCUACAGCAAAAGAGGUUCUGAGAGACAUGGGACAGCGAGGAAUGUCAUAUGCUAAAAAUUUUGCCAUUGUGGGUGCCAUGUUUUCAUGCACCGAGUGUAUAAUUGAAUCACACCGUGGGAAGUCCGACUGGAAAAAUGCAGUAUAUAGUGGCUGUGUUACAGGUGGUGCCAUUGGACUAAGAGCUGGUUUCAAGGCUGGAGUUCUGGGCUGUGGUGGUUUUGCAGCUUUUUCUGCUGCCAUUGAGUAUUACCUCCGAUGAACAUCAGCUUCAGGACUGUUACCAUGUACUGUUGUGAGUUCCUUAACAGUUUAAUGGAUGCAUCAUCAUGGGGGACAUUUGAGUGUGAUCUUCCACUGUCUUGCUGAAAAAGAGGUGUUCCAAUCCCACCAGAAGAGGACUGUAAUUUUCUGUUCUCUGAAUGAACAAAUAAGACGGCAAACUCAGAACUGGCACAUUGUUUUUUUGCAGGAUAUCUGGGCCCUUUUGCCUUAAAGGGUCCUCAAAAUGUCAGCCCACUGGUUUUAUGUAUGAUCAAUGCACCAUGGCGCUUCUCCUUUGGUUACCUCCCAGGCCAAAACUUUAAUAUUUUGACAUAAAUAUAAUUUAAAUGAAGUAUCAGUCAGUCUUCCUUUAAAAUGUUCUCACUUGAUCGCAGACAUGUUUUGUGUGGUGGAAUGGCUUUUGGUGAAGCUGUUUCUAUCAGAAACAUACCCAGUAAAGUGUACCCAGUAAUGAUUUAUGUUGGUUGUGUCUCUUUGUGAAAUAUGAUGACAUGUACAGUUUAACAUUUUGGCUUCAGAAAAAAUGUUGUGUAAAAGGUAAUCAAAUGGGUAACACUUUUCAAUAAGGUUGUAUUCGUUAACAUUAGUCAAAGCAAGUUAAAAUGUAAUUGGCUCUUUUACCUGUAAGGCGGGACUUCCUUUUCUAUAUUGGGUGUUAAAAUGUCUUCCAUUAAUUUUAAAGGAAUGUUCUGUGUUAAAUACAAGUUAAGCUCAAUUGACAGCAUUUGUGGCAUAAUAUUGAAUAUUUUUUUAAUACAAGUGGUCCAUCUUAGGCUAAAUAGUUUCUGCCUUAUUCUAAAGUGUUACCAUACAAUCUUCUUUCUUGAUGCCUGUGUUAUUUUGCACUCUUUUGUACAGGAAAUAUAGUCCACUCAGUUAAAAGGAUUCUUCAAAUCAAAUUUAUUUUCUCCAAAUUGUUGUUUGGAUUUACAAGUUUCAAGAAAAUAAGCUUAAUCAAGUGUUUAUAUUGGUUUCACUCUGUAGCUCCUUUCUAAAAGGAGCUUUCUUAAAAGGUCAUGCUAUAAACAAAUUAAAUAACUAUAUUUUAUAUGAAAUCUGAUUUAUAUAUACAGUGCAUCAGGAAAGUAUUCACAGCGCUUCACUUUUUCCACAUUUUGUUAUGUUAUAGCCUUAUUCCAAAAUGGAUUAAAUUCAUUAUUUUCCUCAAAAUUCUACAAACAUGCCAUAAUGACAACGUGAAAGAAGUUGGUUUGAAAUCUUUGCAAAUUUAUUAAAAAUAAAAAAACAGGGAAAAAAAAUAAAUAAAAAAUAAAUCACAUGUACAUAAGUAUUCUCAGCCUUUGCUCAAUACUUUGUUGAAGCACCUUUGGCACCAAUUACAGCUUCAAGUCUUUUUGUGUAUGAUGCUACAAGCUUGGCACACCUAUUUUUGGGCAGUUUCCCAUUCUUCUUUGCAGGACCUCUCAAGCUCCAUCAGGUUGGAUGGGGCAUGUCGGUGCACAGCUAUUUUCAGAUCUCUGCAGAGAUGUUCAAUCUGGUCUGGGCUCAGGCUGAGCCACUCAAGGCAGAAACUUUUCUGUAACCUUCCCCAGAUCUGUGCCUCGAUACAAUCCUGUCUCGGAGGUCUACAGACAAUUCCUUGGACUUCGUGGCUUGGUUUGUGCUCUGACAUGCACUGUUAACUGUGGGACCUUAUAUAGACAGGUGUGUGUCUUUCCAAAUCAUGUCCAAUCAACUGAAUUUACCACAGGUGGACUCCAAUCAAGAUGUAGAAACAUCUCAAGGAUGAUCAGUGGAAACAGGAUGCACCUGAGCUCAAUUUUGAGUGUCAUGGCAAAGGCUGUGAAUACUUCUCUACAUGUGAUUAUAUAUUCUUUUUAUAAAUUUGCAAAGAUUUCAAACAUUUUGAAGAAUUUUUAGGAAUUUUGGAAUAAGGCUGUAACAUAACAAAAUGUGGAAAAAGUGAAGCGCUGUGAAUACAUUCCGGGUGCACUGUAUACACCGAUCAGCCACAACAUAAAAACCACCUGCCUAAUAUUGUGUAGGUUCCACUCGUGCCACCAAACAGCGCCAACCCACAUCUCAGAAUAGCAUUCUGAGAAUAUAUUCUUCUCAACACAAUUGUACAGAGUUCGAACCAGUCUGGCCAUUCUCUGUUGACCUCUCUCUUCAAGGUGUUUCCAUUCACAGAACUGACGCUCACUGGAUGUUUUUUUGUUUUUGGCACCAUUCAGAGUAAAUUCUAGAGACUCUUUUGUGUGAAAAUCCCAUCAGAUCAGCAGUUACAGAAAUACUCAAACCAGCCUGUCUGGCACUAUUCAUCUGGCAAAAUGGAUCUAUUUGGAAAUGCGGGUUGGUGCUGUUUUGGUGGCACGAGCAGGACCUAUUAUUAUAUUAAGCAGCUGGUUUUAAUGGUAAUUGAGUGUGUGCAUGUGUGUAAAAAUCUAAAUGUUAUCAAAAAUAGGAGGCAGGGCGCGCUAAAGGUUGUGAAUUAGAAAAUCUGUGUAAGAAGUCAUGCUUGGAGGUCAAGCUGACAUUGCAAGGAAGGAAGUUGUACUCACCAGGAAAUAGAUAAUGCAAACAUGUCUUCUGGCUACAUCCCAGUUCUCUGAAAGGUUUCCUUUCCCACUCAUCUCUUAGCAAGAGUUAUGAUUUAACUGAACUGGUUCAGAGAUGGAACCAAGGAAUGCUUUUGAUUAUAUGUGCUGUAAAUUUUGUCAGAUCAUGGGCCUUUGAUAAAAUCCUUCUAGAUGCAUGCAAGAUCUAGGAGCGUAAUAGACCAGCACAGACAUACACAGACCUAAGCCGAUCCAAUAAGUUAUACUCCCUCACUGUCUAACCAUGUCUACCUAUGAGGAAUGAAUGCAGCUCAGAAAACGGUUACAAUAGACAUUUUUAGGUAUUUUUUACAUUAGAUACAAAUCAAAGACAAACACAGCAAGCACAUACAGAGCUUUGAUAAAAUAAAACAUGAUUGUAAGACUUCAAAAGUAUGUCUGAAGAACAAAGUUAGCUGUAACAAUUUAUUUGAAUUAUAUAUUGAAAUCAAACCUAUUAGAACUAACAUGAUCAGAGUGUACAUUACACUGUGCCUGAUGAUAGAGAAAUGUCCUUAAUAUUAUGUAAUGCCUUUUGUGAAUAAAUAUAAAGGAAGUGAGCAGAGACAGUCACAACCUAUAAACACCACCUGCCCAGGGCUCUUUUGCACUGAGCUUGUAUCAAAGCCACACACAACUUUAAUACAAGGCCCUGUAUUUAAGAUCUUCCAGACAACAUGAUUUGGGUGGAAAAACAAAACCUUUUUAGAUAUUUCUUUAUUACAGCUUCAUUUCUUUCCUUCAACUUUUCAAAUUCUGAGUAAUCUGCAUACAUCUACCUAGUUUAGAUGUGUUAAAAAUCAAAGCAGCAGACAAUCCUAAAUAAUAUCUAAUCCACUCAUUUCCCCAGUUCUGUCCUUCUUACAAAGAGAUCAAAUUUGAUUUAUCAUUUAUAAAUAUAUUGUAAUUGUAUAGUGAAGACAAUUCCAGAGGUUUGUUGUCUCAGGACGUGAAGACCGUCUGAGCCUCAAGCACAACCAACCCAGUAGAGAUUUGAUUGUGUUGAGUGUCAGACACUCCGGGACAGUUAAGCUGCAUGUCACCUUUUUCCAUUGCUGAUUAGUAGAAUCUAUUGCUGAAUAAAGUGCCUGACAAUCUUUGGUCUACCAAACCAAAUAGUUGUAAAAUCACAAAUUUUGAAGGAAACCACAAAGAAAACCAAACACAUUAGCUGUAGAACUGAUCGUCAUUGCAGGGAUUUUCCAUUUUGAUUCUUUUUUGUAUUCCUUCUUCAAACAGUCUCAUCUUCUCUAAAUAAUAAUGGAUAAAUGAUAACUUUUACCAAACCCUGAGCUGAGGAGGCCUUGAAGAGGCUAAACAAAAGACUUCAUAUGACAUGGUUUAAAAAUCAUAUCGUACAGUCCCUUGAUUUAAAGGUCAAAAAGUGCCUUAAAUAAGCCUGAUAUAAAGAACAAUAUGUUCAAGAUUAUUUAUGGUCCUUUUUUAUGAUUUUCAAUCCUCUGGAUAUAAGACUGUUUAUAUGUUAUGGAUUAUAUAUUAUGUUAUGGGUUUGUCUUACGCUAUACACAAAUAAACGGCAUACAAAAAAACAUGCCCUAUGACCCGUGAAAAUGAGAGGGAGAGAGAGCCUGUUCUAAAGAUAGAUCACACUGCAAUAGACUCACGCAAACAAGGAACAAAAUAGCGAAAAGCAUCAGUGUUCUGUACAUUAGAAAACAAAACCCUAGAGAAUAACUAAAUGAAUACUAAACUAACAGGAAACAACUUUUGUUUAAUACAACCAACUCAUCUGCCAAAAUGCAUCCAACCCCAAAGAAACUUGCCACAGACAGGAAGCAACAGCAUGAAAGAGUGCAUUCUUACUUUUGAAAAGUACUAAACUUCUAGAAAGGGAGAUCAGGAAAGCAUUCCAACUCUUUCAGUCCAGCAAAGACCCUGUUUACCCUCCAAACGUGUGAGCUGGAGCUUCUACACACUAUUAUAUAAGUCUUCUCACUCACUCACUCUUUCUCUCUAACACACACACACUUGCUAAAGGCAACUUUUAGGUCCAGUUUGUCUUACACUAAAAAUGAGUGCAUGGUAUGGACUGAUUCUUAUCCAACAGUUAUGUACUUUUGAAAGUGCUUAAUGGAAUCUAGAGGUUUUGUAAAUACAAAUUUAGAUGCAUUCAUAUGGCAUUCAGCAUCAACUAAAUGUAUUAUGAAAGAUGAUACGGUUUAUGUUAAAAGCCCCGAAACAAAGGUUUCUGAGUUCCUUGCUAGCCUAUGUUUUUACAAGCUCUCAUAUGGCCACAUAUCCUCUCUACAACAACAACAACAACAAAGAUACUAGGCAACAGCAAAUACCAUCUAUACUGCACAUCAAUUUAGAGUUAAAUACAAUUAUUAUUCUAAAACUCAAACUGCAGGCUCAGUUAAUGCAAAGAUGAAAAUUUGAGCUCCCUACCAAAAUAAAGCCUCAUAAAACCCACAUAAUUCACACCCAGUAACAAACACUUAUAACCAGGGUUUUAUAUAUCAUUUGAAUAAACUAAUUUCCAUGACUUUUCCAGAUGUUCAUGAUUACUGGAUAAAGAUAUUUAAAAAUGAUUGUAGAAAGAUUGCACUCACAAUAGACUUGUAGCCUAUUUUAAAAUGUACAUAUUUCAAUUUCAUACCCAAAUUUCCAUCAUAUUGAAUCAUGUAAUCUUUACCAAAGUUAAGUUAAUAAAAUUAAAAUGUUUGGUUUUUUAUGUAUUUCGUUUUGUUGAAGAUUCCUCAAUCUUAAUCAAUGUUAUGGAAAUCUGUUAUACAAAAUGGAAAUAGUUCAUUUUUUUUUUUUUUUUUUUUGUGAAAGAGUCAAUUUUUAGUCCAUGAUAUAUUUUAUAGCUAGAAAAAAACUGUUAACCGUUUGUAUUAAGGUUGUAUUGGUUAGCAUCCAUAAAUACAUUAGGUUUCAUGAACUAACGAUUAACA